CUCCUCUCCUUCCCACCUGCUUUUCUCGUUACUCACGCACACACCUCAUAGCACGUACAUCUCGCCUCCCCUAUUCACCACCACAUCGCCCAGCCUGGCUGCAUGGUUUAAGCUCUGGAGAAGAUCCUGAAGCAACGCUAUUAUUUCGAAGCGAUCCUUAUAGGAACCCCCCCAGCUCCGUUCACUUCCUUUUUGUGCCAUGGAUGUUGCAAGCAGACUGCGCAGCCUUGUGUUUUCGCUCAUCCGCACACCCAUCGCUGUAACUGCAACAUUGUGGACAUGGGCCAUGGCUGCGCCACGGGCGCUAGUCCACUACAUGCUACGCCUAAUUGAGCUCUUUGAAAACACAAUGCUGACCAUCGUCUGGGAGUACCAAGGCGACAACCUGCUCAAGUUCCUCUACACACACAGCCACAUACCCCAGGCCGCCCUCAAACACAGCGAGACGCGCUCCCAGGGCGUCCAAACCACCGACCUCGACACCCAUGACCUGGCGCGCAAUGCACGCCAGCGGCGCGACGUCCUGAUGACGCAAGUACUCGAGGACCUGGUACCAGCCUUACUGCAAGCCUUGCAUGCAAUGCCGCAGCGGGGCGAACUGGACCGCAUGUCACAGGAGCAGACACAGUGGGCAAAGAUCAUCGCCAGCCAGCAGAGGCAGCUGAUGGACGCAAAAAUGCACGACGAGUCCUUGGAGGCAUACACACAGAUCGCCGCUACCCUGCAGGUGCUGGUUUCGCGGAUUGGCUCGGUCGACGAGCGCCUGAUCCGGGCGCUGAAUGUCAGCAGCGGCCAUGUUGAUCAGCAGCUGGUUAGCCUGCAGGAUGGGCUGGGCAGGGUUUCGCGCGAGUGUGAGCUGGAUAAGUCUGCCAUCUCCGAGCUUGUCGUGCGUCUCAGCCAGCUCGACAACGUCCUGAUGUCAAUUGCCGCCUCGCCGCGUACGCUGCCCGGCAAGACCGAUGCUGCAGUGGAUACUGCGGGCUCUGAUGUCGCUGAUGGCGAAAUGGAAGGUACCAGCAAGGCUUGAUAGCGGCCGAGCUAGCGUCGAGGAGCAGCGGGUGGAUCAGUUUUCGGGAUUUUACAGCUGGAAGUCAAUGAAGUCUGUCGGCUCCUCGGAGCCCAGCCUCGAUUUGAUGAAGCUUGUGCUUGG